GCCCCCCACGGAGAUCCCGACGGCAACGCCCACGGUGGCGCCCACGCCGCUGCCCACGCAGGCGCCCACCGCUGGUCCAACGGUGGAGCCCACGGCGGCGCCGACUGCCAGCCCGACGGCGGCCCCUACGGCGGCGCCGACUGCAAGCCCGACUGCUGGCCCCACGGCGGCACCGACGGCCAGCCCUACGCCAGAGCCUACGGCAGCGCCGACUGCGAGCCCUACGGCGGAGCCCACGGCGGCGCCGACUGCGAGCCCGACUGCCAGCCCCACGGCGGCUCCUACGGCGGCACCGACGGCAGAGCCUACAGCGGCGCCGACUGCGAGCCCCACGGCGGCGCCGACUGCGAGCCCGACUGCCAGCCCCACGGCGGCACCGACGACCAGCCCUACGGCGGAGCCUACGGCGGCGCCGACUGCAAGCCCGACUGCCAGUCCUACGGCGGAGCCCACGGCGGUGCCGACUGCGAGCCCAACUGCCAGUCCUACAGCGGAGCCCACGGCGGCGCCGACUGCGAGCCCGACUGCCAGCCCAACGGCGGACCCACGGCGGCGCCGACUGCGAGUCCGACUGCCAGCCCUACGGCGGAGCCUACGGCGGCGCCGACUGCGAGUCCGUCCGCGAGCCCAACGGCGAAGCCCACGGCGGCGCCGAAUGCGAGCCCGACUACGUCGCCCACGGGGCCGGCCAAGUUUUUCAGCUACGUGGAGUUCGUCGUCGCCGGCAUCGAUUACAACUCGCUGUCGGCCUCCAACCAGGUGAUGACCCACUUCACCACGAAGAUCGCCGAGAGCACCUUAGCGUCGGCCUGCCGGCGUACAACUGCUCGGUGGUCGUCUUCGCGGGCUCGGUGA